AUGGUCGAGUUGAGAGUCAGUCACGAUGCGCCGACUUUUCAGUAAGCAAAUGAAUACAUCAAAGAGACUUUCUCAACUUAACUCAGAACCACUUACACUUACAUGAUCGCCUGGGACCAGGACAUGACCGCGAGUGAGCAGAAAAAGUACUCUCUGAACAAGAAACCGUCGGCCGUCAGUCUGAAGUCUUCCAAAUCGAUGCCGGGCGGUCCAGCUCCGGUCGAUGUCGUGUGUGACGGUCCGUGCAAACGCAUUUUCCCAUCGAGUCUUCUCAACACCAUCGGAAGGUUUCUUUGCUCCUAUUCUCUCACUUGCUCAAUCACUUCAGAUGCGAUCAUUACCUGUGCAACGCGUGCUACGGAAUCGUGACCAACUCGGACGGAACUCCCGGAUGCAGUGCCUUGAGCUGCUACGGAAAAGGAAAUACCCGCAAGGAGGCGAAGAAGUUCCACGAGAAAGAAGUGUGUCAGAAGCAGAGGGAGCGAGCUCGCGACAUGAAAUCCCGCGGCAUCGACGUCAAAUCGGCGUCUUCCUUUUCUUCGCUGACCUCCAAUCUGAGCGUCAGUUCCAAAUCGUCGACUUCCAUCGGUUCCGCGGAAAGCGAUGGCAUCACGAGCACGUUUACGGAGCAGCCGAGUGCGCAGAAACUGAAGAUUCCGGAGUCGGUCAAAGUCAAAUUGAUUAUUGUGGAAUCGACGAAGGAUUACGGAAUGCUCCAGUAGGUUUCAAGCCACCAGUUCUCAGUUCAUCUAAUCCGUUACAGUACUCUGGCUGAGCUGGGAACCCUGUCGACCACUCGGAUGCUGGAGGCGGUGAACAUGCUGAUGUACCGCAAGAAACGGGAUCCGGAUGAGUACCUCCGUCGGGGAACUCUCUAUUACGCGAAGCAGACGAAGGAUGGGACGAGAGAGAUGCGCCGUGUGCCAAAAAGAGAGUAUUCGAAUCUGAAUCUCUACCAUUUUCCGAAAAUGUGAGCACAAUCCAGUUUCACUCCUUUUUGUGACCUAAUUUCAGUGCCGAUUACAUUGCGCUUGUGCUGGAUAUGGGCGAUUUUGUGACCGAGGGAAGCGACAUCUUUUUGGGAUAAAGUGAACUGUUUUGAGUAAAAUAUUAUAGACACCAUUCUGUUUUUGGAGGAGGGGCCGACGUGAAACGUGGCAACACAUCUUAAAAAACAAAAACGUGUUAAUGGGACAAAAGAGCCACAAUUCAAGUUAUUGUAAGAUUACAUCCACGCAAAUUUUAAUACGAGCAAAGCAGUGUUUAGAAUAUGAGCCGUGAGUUUUCAAAAGUUUAAGAAGGUCCUCGGAACUUUCGGCCUUUUUUCGGUGCAAACAACAGCUGCCGCGAGAAAAAGAAAAAAGCGAAGGAUCAGGAGGAGAAAACCGCUGCUCCCGUCGAAAAGAGCGCUCGGAUCAAAAAGUCGAAGAGCAUCUUCUCCCGUCGCGAGAGCAAUGAGCCCGAUCCCGAAGAGACAGAGGCCUUCGCUGUAGGCUGCCCAACCCACAUCUCUUCUUCCGUACUCGAUCCUUUCCAGAUGAUCUGUCGCUGCCUGAUCCAGCAUCGCUGGUACCACGGAGUGAUGCCACGUGGCGAGAUCACGACCCUGCUGGAGGACGAAGGCGACUUCUGCGUGCGCAAAACGACGGAGAAAGGCAAGCCGAUCGCGUGCAUCUCUGUCAAGAACGGCGCCGAAGUCCGCCACUUUCCGCUGCUCUACGAGAACGGAACUUGGACGAUGAAACAUGUAAGGAAAUGGAAGGGAUUUCAAAUAGAAAUGGCCCUUUACAGCUGGACAAGAAUCGAAAGUUCUACGAGGUUGUCGAACUGCUCAACGCGCUGGUCCUCGAGAAGAUUUCCCUGUCUGGAGCUACUCUGAUCCGUGCCGUUCCCCGCCCGGACUACUAUAUUCCCCAUGCAGAUAUUCAAAUGAUCGUCUUGCUCGGAGGUACGGAUAUCACAUUUCCGGCGCGAGAAACAUCGCUUUCUUGCAGAGGGAGCGUUCGGAGAAGUCUGGAAAGGAAUGCUCCGUCGCCACGAAGUGGGAGCAGACAAGACGCAGGGUGGAGUGCAAACGGAGAAAGGAGCGAAGUCGGAGACGUACGUGGCCGUCAAGAAAAUGAAGGGAAACGCGACAAAGGCGAUGACGGAGGAGUUCGUGUUGGAGGCGAAGCUGAUGCGCCAGUUGAUCCACCCCAACAUCGUGACGGUCUACGGUGUGGCGCCCAGUGAGGAGCCUCUCAUGAUUGUGCUAGAGCUCGCUGCCAACGGCUGCUUGAAGUCCUACGUCGCAAAGUACAACUGCCCCGUCGACCAACUGACGCAGUUCACUUCCGAUGCCGCGCGUGGAAUGGCGUACCUUUCGUCGAAACUUGUGAUCCAUCGAGACUUGGCCGCUCGCAACCUUCUGCUCGGAUCCGCCGUCGAGGUGAAAAUUUCUGACUUUGGACUCUCGUCGUCCGGAAAAGCAGAGGUGAAAGUGGACAAGAUGAAGUUGCCGAUCCGUUGGCUCUCUCCGGAAACCCUCCAGGAGGGCGUGUUCACCACGAAAACGGACGUCUGGUCGUACGCGGUCACUCUUUGGGAGAUUUUCACCCGCUGUGCCUCCGACCCGUACCCCGGACUGACGAACCAACAGGCGAAAGAGCUGGUCCGCGGCGACGCCCCGCCGAUCACUCCGCCCGAGGGAGCUCCGCUGAUUGUGGCCAGGAUCAUGCAGGAGUGCUUCUCCAAGGUAACGAACUGUAUUGGCAACCAAAAUACAGUAAUUCUUUCCAGAACCCGGACAACCGCCCGACCUUCACCUCCAUCCUGAAACGUCUGUGCCCGAACGAGGAUGUGACUGUCUACGAAGUGAAGGGAGCGGAGACGACGUCGUCGACCAGCAAACUGACUCUUAGGACUGCUUCUGCCGAGCCGACGUCGUCUGCGUCGACUUCCACAAUGACUAAGAAGACGGACGGAUCGAAUCGCAGCCGUCGCGGACCGCGCAAGACCGCCAGCGUCCGCAACGUCCGCAAGAAGAACUAG